AUGGAGGCAGAGACGGCCCAGCCCGGCGACGAGACUCCCGGCACCACUGCACACAUGCGAGACCCCGCAGGGUACGGCCGAGCCGGGCACUCGCCCCGCAAUUUCGGCGGGCCCCCGCUCCUCGUCCGCGAGCAGGAGGAUGGUCCGGUGGAGUACAAGCUGAGGCUGGACUCCGUCAGCCAUGUGCGCUUCCAGCAGCUGGUGGGUGCAAGGGAUCUGGGAUGGUGGUUCGAAGACAUCGCGGGCAUGGGAAGGGGUGCAGAGGUGACUGCCUGCAUGGAGGCAGAGACGGCCCAGCCCGGCGACGAGACUCCCGGCACCACUGCACACAUGCGAGACCCCGCAGGGUACGGCCGAGCCGGGCACUCGCCCCGCAAUUUCGGCGGGCCCCCGCUCCUCGUCCGCGAGCAGGAGGAUGGUCCGGUGGAGUACAAGCUGAGGCUGGACUCCGUCAGCCAUGUGCGCUUCCAGCAGCUGGUCACUCAGCUGCAGUACCGGCUGUCAGAGGGCGAGGGCGCCUGCGUGUACUACCUGGGCCUCGCCUCCGGCCGCACCUCCAGUGCCGCCCAUGUGCUCCUUGGCUACGAUGCGCAAGGCCGCGUGCUGAACCGGGCGGGGGUGUCGCCGGCCACGGCGCCGGAGCUGGGCGUGGCAGCCCACGCCCUGGUCCGUCUGGUGGACGCUCCCGGCGACGAACGGCACGCCGGCACGCUGCUGCGCGCGCUGUGCGCUGGCCGCCCCGCCCUGGUGCUCCUGAGCAACGUGUCCAGCCCCGCGCUCGCCGUCCCCGCGCUCCCCGUCUCCUGCGUCGACGGGGCCGGGCUUCACGAGGUCCACGCCAUGCUGCGCGCGCUGCCCUGCGCACCCGUCCCGGGUGCCCCGCCCUCGCCCGCUCGACGACAGCCGCUGCGCUUCCGGUGCUGCGGGCGAGACGUGGCGCACGCCGCCCCAGGCACCCUGGUCUCCGCCACGGUGCGUGCUGCCGGGGACCGGGCACGUGGGGAUGCAGGCUCGGGCUUGCGCCACGCCUUUGGCGCCCAGAUCGCGCCGGAGCUGGCGGCCCUGCAUGCCGCCUGGGCGGCGGCAGAGGAGGUGGCGCCUGGGCCUGAUGCCGUCGACAUGGAUGGGGCCGGACUCCGUACCCUGGACGAGAUGUCGGUGCACAAGCUGCGCCGAGCUCGAAGCGUCGAUGGGUGGUGCACUGCGGAGCGACGCAGCAAGAGGCGCAGCUGGAAGGCGAAGUCAUAG